ACAGUUGGAGAACGAUAGCGACAAUCGAAGCAGCGGCCGUAGCAGCAUCGUGAUCGCUAUCAACGACAACGACAGCCAUGUAAAUAGCAAUGCCUCGAAUGUCGUCAUACUGCGGGCGGAUGGUGACGAUGACGAUCGCACGAUGGCGACAAAAGAUGAUGAAACGGAAAUCGAUGACGGUAUCGACGGUUCGGACGAGGGUGACGAUGAUCUGAACGGGGUAGAGGACGGUGGCGGCGGUGGUCGUGAUGAGAAGGGUGUGCGGAAUCUUGUCGGGGACGAGGACGAGGAGGAGGAGGAAGAUGAGGACGAUGAACAGACGCACGAGCAGCGCGAACUGCUGCUCCACCGGCGUAACGAGCGUAACGUGCGAGCGGUUGCGGCCGCCAUGGUCGCCGGUGCCGUAACCGGUAACGGCACGGCGGUUGUGGGCGUUACCGUCGGUGCCGGUUGUGGCGUUGGCCGCUAUAAACAUCACAGCUACGUCGAGGUGGAGGAGGACGAACAGGACGACGACAUUAUCGUGAUCGUCGAUGAAGACAACACCGGCGUCACGGAAGGCGGCGGUAGCCAAGGUGGUGGUGCUGGCAACAUUGGUAUAGUUGGCGGUGGUGGUGACGGUAGUAAUGGCAUUAACGAUGAGCUGUAUCUAAAACUGAGAGAAAUGGACGACGAAGGAAUCGCGGAGUCCGGAAUGUAAACCUGGUAUUGAAAACUGUUCAACCCAGUCCGCCGCCAUGUAUUUCAUCGAACCUCCCUAAACCUCCCGAAUCGCAUUCAAAAUGGCCAUCGAACAUCACGGGGCAGGCGCAGCUAAGCGAAGCAUUUUCGCUGAUAAAACAAUGUGUAAUUAUUACUUAACCUUCCCUAACGCCUGUCACUAAUUGUUGGCGGUUUGGGAUGAAGAAUCAAAACGUUAAAACGUUUCUGCUCGAUAGCUUAAAUCUCUAGUUUAAUGUCAAUAAUGGCAGCUUCACAUCGCAAGGGUUCCGUUACGGUGCAAGUGUGUGCGCUCGCACGCAAAAGGGACGCAGGGCAACGCGCAAUCUCAAUGUUUUUAGUGUAGAUCGACGGGUAGCUAUUCACGCUUCAAACAUACUGAUGACAAAAUGGUGGCCAUAAGCGCCAUCGGCAUCCGGUGCUAGUGUGUGCUGCAGCUAACGAUACCCCGUAAUUGUAUAGUAAUUCGGCCAUUUUUAAAAGCAAAACACUAGAAAGAUCGUCGUAAAUGAAACAAAACACGCGUAGUAAAUCCUCAAAAAAUGUAUAAUCGAAACGUUCCGAAUAUUCAUCAUUUCCAAUCGAAUACUAUCAGCUCGUAUUAUUCCGUUAGACGAUUUGGGAAAGAGCAGCGCAAAGUAAAAUCGUACCAAUUGCCCACGUAAAUACUACUGUCGACUUCGAGAGACAUGUAACAUGUAGUUAGUUAUACCCGUUUGCCGGACCCAGUGGACAAGUGUGGCAAUAUUAACAAGCAGACGCGUUAUCAUAUCGUACAGUAUCGGUAUUACAUUUACGUUUUUCCAAAGGAUCGGACAAAUUUAACAAAAAUAAGCAAUGCAGCAAACGCAAAACAAAACAAAAAGCAAAGCUAAAAAGGUUAAAACACAUUAAAUGUACGAAAAAGUAAAACGAAACGUAAACAAAAACUAAUGCUUGACGAGAAGCGAUAAAAUCAUACUCCAUAAUCAAAACCAUACAAAAUUAUACUUAGUGGCGCGGGAGACAGCAGAACAGGAGGAAGAGUGGGAGGAGACAAUGCGUUAGAAUCUUAAGAAAGAUCCAGUCCGAUUGUGAGAAAGUUUGAAAAUUCAUUUCGUAAAAGCAGCCAAUGCGCUAUAUAUGUAUGUGUAUGUAUAUGUACUGAAUUGCAAAAGAAAACAGAAACAAAACGCUGAAGUCCAUUUGAAAAAAAAACAAAACACGUGUCAAAACAAUUGUAGUAUAUUAUAGUAACCGCGUAGGAAAGCAAAACACAAUGGCCAACGGGUGAAAGUAUUUAAUGUAGCGAGUAACGAGUAACGUGACGAAACAUAAUAAUGGUAGGGUCCUGUAGGGAACGAAACGGAUUGUCAGGUCGAGAAGCGUUACAGCAAAUUGGGGGUUGUAAACAGCAGUUGACCAAUUUGCACUUAUCUACGUGAAAAAACAGAACGGAUGGACGUACGCGUUACGGUUAAGGUAUAGAUUUUUUUUUCAUAUGUUUUUUUGUGCUAUUUGUUUCCAGAAUUUUAAUCAAUUCCCGUUGUGUACAUAUUAGUAAGAUCAAUAGUAGUAGGAUCAAACAACUCAUCACAAACUUUUUUUUAUUAUGUGACAUUAGGUACUAGCUACGGUUAGAUUGAAGGGUGUGCUUGGCUGUGCACCCAUAGAAUGCGAGAUGCGCAUACCAAAACAAUGGUAACCAAGAAUUCCGUAACGUGAAACAUGUAAAAGGGUGUACAACCCCAUUCGUUCGUUGUACGACAGUCGGACAUUACGGGUUGAAUUACGUGUUCAGAUGCAACGACAGGAGACAGAUACAUAGUUUGGUUCCUUUCCACACUAACCACCCCACCCCCUGUACCGGUAUACACAUACAAACACCUCAACAUAAAGUUUAUAAAGGUAGAAACCGUUUUGCUAGCGAAUGACACCGAGGACCACCACCGCGAAGAUCACUACAAGGUUUUUUACUAAUCCGUUUUAUUUUUGAUACAAACACUGCCAUUUUUGAAAGGCUCGCUAAGGCCCCCUUAAACAAACAAUCAAUUUUAAAAAAUCCACACCCAGACCUCUUUCCAUGUUGGGACGUUAGUUAAAAGUGGCAGUGAGAUUUUCUUUUCAAAACAAAUAAACAAACUAAACAGUACUUACACACAACACCACACUUACACACUGUAAACAAAACACAAACACACACUGAACGAAUUUGUGUUCGAAAGUGAGUAGAGUGCGUAAUUCAACCUACCGAGAUAUUAUUAAUAAUGCAUCGCAGCGUGCAUACGAACACCGAUAAUCAGGCAAUAAUAUUACAUUACAACCCGAACAUUAUUCAACGAUGCUUCCUCCUGGUACGUUUUAUCAAACUUUUAAAUGGGAGCGGCCGGCAAACGAUGAUAAAUGAAAAUAGGCAGCAACAGAAAUACGUCAUAUCAAUUACUCCAAGAAAAAUGAUGAUGAUGAUAAAGAAGAAAACACGAACAACAUGAACCAAUCAA